AUGGCAUCAGGUGGUAGUGGUGGUUUAAAAGAAGCUUUUGAUAAAUAUUCUAAAUUUGGUAAAACAGAAUCACAACUUAAAGAAAAAGAUGUUCGACUUGAAUCAAAAAAUAUUCAAAAAAUGAUGAAAGAUUCUGGUAUUGUUGAUACAAAAUAUACAACACAAUUACUUGAUAAUGAUAUUGCUCGUGUUCUUGGUAAACUUACUAGUUCUGGAUCUUAUGCAAAGGGCAUUAAAACAUUUGAAUUUCAAGGUUUUAAACAACUUAUUGAUCAAAUAGCUGAAUCAAAAAAGACAUCGAGUGAUCAAAUUGUUUCCCAUAUUAGUUCAAUAAGUGGUCCAAGUUUAGCUAAUGUUACGAGUACGGCAAAUAAGAAUAUAACUGAACGCAUGACGGAUACAAGUCAUUAUACAGGUUCUCAUAAAGAACGUUUUGAUACUGAAGGUCAUGGAAAAGGAAAAGAAGGUCGUGUUGAUGAAGCUAAAAAUUCAGGUUAUGUUGGUAAUUAUAAAGGCGAAGGAACAUAUGAUAAAAAACAUUAA